AUGGUUCAGAUCAGCGAAGUGAAGGGCAAUUCGCGCGAGAAUAGGACAGCUGCACACACUCAUAUCAAGGGCCUUGGGUUGCGUCCAGAUGGUACUGCUGAGCAAACUGCCGAUGGAUUUGUUGGACAGGCAUCUGCCCGCGAGGCGUGCGGUGUCGUGGUAGAUCUGAUCAAGGCGAAGAAAAUGGCAGGACGUGCCGUUCUGCUUGCAGGUGGACCAGGAACCGGAAAGACAGCGCUUGCUCUGGCUGUAUCACAAGAGCUGGGUACCAAGGUGCCAUUCUGCCCGAUCGUUGGUAGUGAGAUAUACUCUGCUGAGGUCAAAAAAACCGAGGCACUUAUGGAAAACUUCCGCAGAGCGAUUGGCUUACGAGUUCGCGAAACGAAGGAGGUGUACGAAGGUGAAGUCACAGAGCUUACGCCCGAGGAAACUGAAAAUCCUCUCGGGGGCUACGGGCGUACAAUCAGCCAUUUGAUCAUCGGUCUGAAGUCGGCUAAAGGCACCAAGAAGCUGCGCCUGGACCCUAGCAUCUACGAAGCCAUUCAAAAAGAGCGUGUCACUGUUGGAGAUGUCAUCUAUAUCGAGGCGAAUACCGGCGCUUGCAAGAGAGUUGGACGAUCUGACGCAUAUGCGACCGAGUUUGACCUUGAAGCAGAGGAAUACGUUCCCGUACCGAAGGGAGAAGUACACAAGAAGAAGGAAAUCGUGCAAGAUGUGACGCUACACGAUCUGGACAUGGCCAAUGCACGGCCACAGGGCGGACAGGAUGUAAUGAGCAUGAUGGGACAGCUCAUGAAGCCUAAGAAGACAGAAAUCACGGACAAGCUGCGCCAGGAGAUCAACAAAGUCGUCAACAGAUACAUCGAUCAGGGUGUUGCUGAGCUCGUUCCUGGAGUUCUCUUCAUCGACGAGGUUCAUAUGCUUGAUAUCGAAUGCUUUACCUAUCUCAACCGCGCUCUCGAGUCUAGUAUCUCCCCUAUCGUCAUCCUUGCCUCCAACCGGGGCCACACCGUGAUCCGCGGCACCGACGACGUCACUGCCGCUCAUGGAGUUCCUCCGGAUCUGCUUGCUCGUCUCCUCAUCGUUCCUACCCAUGCUUACUCCCCCGACGAGAUCAAGACGAUUGUUCGCUUGCGUGCCAAGACAGAAGGUCUUAACAUCACAGACCCAGCUCUCGACAAGGUUGCGGAGCAUGGCAGCAAGGUUAGCUUGCGGUAUGCUCUGCAGUUGCUCACUCCCGCCAGCAUUCUUGCGCGCGUAAACGGACGACCAGGAGGCAUUGAAGAGGCGGAUGUUGCAGAGUGCGAGGAUCUUUUCCUCGACGCAAAGAGAAGUGCCGCCAUUGUCAGCCAGGAUAGUGACAAGUUCCUUUUAUAA